GAGGAGUAAAAGAAGAAAUGCCACACGGCCUCGAGGGCUUUGAUUUCUUUCUGGCGUCCGAAACGGCUUCCAAACGGCCCCUCAUGUCCUUUGGCGACACCGAUCAUGAUCUAGACGCGAAAAGGCUGAAGAAGGAGGCAGAGGUACCGACAGAGGCCGAGGUAUCGUUCGAGGAUGGCAUGGAUCUCUUGGUCCAGAAUGCGCUGUCCAACAUCAAUGACCUUAUGGGCCAAUUGGCCGAUGAGCCCGACAUGUCAGCUGUUGUGCCCACCACCGAGCCGGACCCAGCCACAGAUCCCAUGGACCUCGACGUAUCUCAAAUUCACGAUUCACUGCCUCCUGCGCCUGCAGUUUUCCUGUCUGAGCCCGAGAAAUUCGUGCGCCAGGCGAAUAUCAACGCGUUGGGCAUUCUGGCUAUGUCGGUCCUGCUCACGCUGUCGCAAAAGCCGUUCGAGGAGGCGACCCGGAAGCUCCAAGAUCCAAUGUCCGACCAUUCAUGCUCCUUACGCAAGCUCCGGACGAGUCUCGAGGCAACAAGAAGUCUCUAUUCGCCAGGCCCGAUAUUGUUCGCCAGCGAAUUCGAAAUGACUAGCCACGAUUCGCAGACGAUCAUUCUGCUCUCCAACCUUGCACAAAUCGGUCUAUGGAUAUUGGACGGAGAUGCUUCGUCGAUGCGUGAAGCAGAAAUGCACAUGAUGCCGAUUUUCCGUGACCCUCUCGUAAUACUGCCAAAGAAGUUGUCAGAUUUGUGGGUAGCUAUCAAAACCCAGCUGGCCAUUGAAGACCUCCAAACAAAAGAUCCCGCAAGGUCAUUCGACGAACAGCUCAACUUCUCACUCCUCGAAGGAUUUGAGCUUAAGCUCAAGGACGGACAAGCCGAUCAAGAGCUGUCGGACUCCUCCCAGGAACUAUUAUCAUCUCUGAAGUUUCGCAAGGAUGAGCUGCUCAGGCUUGCCCAGUCAGAGCUCGGGCUUGCUGCUGUAAGAAACUCGUACCCACCAGAAAACGCAGUCAGGACGUUUAGUAUAUGUGCCAGCGAGCAGCUCGUAUCAGCAACACAGCUUGCACAGACAUUCGGACUCUCGAUUCCGACUCCUACCGAAGAGGACGUUCUGCAUGGGCUUCCUGGGGCUACUGAUACAGGUGAAAUUGACAUGGAUGAUCUUGAUUCCUUCUUCGAGAAAACUACCUCGGGUCUAGUACAGAGUGCGUUGGCUGGUUUCACAGAUGAAGAGCCACAGCCAGCACCAGCGUCAGUACCGACGCCGACACCGGCACCGGCGCCAGCCAGUGAACCUGCGCCAGUCACCACCACCACCCCCGUUGCAGCCGCCACUCCUGCUACUCCUACAAUAACUACGACAAAGCCUGAAGCUCCGACUCCGACACCGACUCCUGGAAGCUACAUUACUGAUUAUAAGGAACUUGAAGCUCUGGUUGCCGAGAGUACGUCGAAUUAUGUCAAGACAACUCUUCAGGGGCUGUCACCUGCUCCUUACCAGCCGACAGUACCUACAAGUACAGCGGAGAGCAUGGCUGCCCAAUCGUCCAGCUUGUUUAGUCACCUGCAUCAACAGCAUGCUCAACACUCUUACUACACCUCCUUGUCGCACGUUGUACCCGAACCGCAGCCUCAGCACCCCGUGACCGGCGAAAACUUACCACCAAAUCAAUCAUUCCCUAGCGCAAUACUAUAUGAUAAGGCUAGACAAGCAGCAUUGUCAAAGACUACAGCGCAUACUCGUAGAGAAGGUCUCCAUUCUACUCGCCGCCCCUGGUCUCAGGAGGAGGAGAAGGCGUUGAUGGCAGGUCUUGAUAUGGUGAAGGGCCCCCACUGGAGUCAAAUCCUCACUCUCUUUGGGCCAGCUGGUACUAUAUCAGACAUUCUCAAAGACAGAACCCAGGUGCAGCUGAAAGACAAAGCUCGUAACCUGAAACUGUUCUUCUUGAAAACCAACUCAGAGAUGCCUUACUAUCUUCAAGCAGUUACGGGGGAGCUUAAGACCCGGGCACCUACACAGGCUGCAAGAAAAGAAGCAGAAGAACGGGCGCGGCUAAAUUCGGAGGAAGAUCAAGCCAAACUACAAGGAAUCAUGGCCCUGGCGGGUGGUUUGCAACACCCUCCUCAAAACCGGGGAGCGGCCGGCUCUGUAUCAGCAGUUGGGUCGGGUGUAGUUACACCUGCUCAAUCAGCUGCGCAAGUAGCAGGGCAACAUCCUGGUGUGAACAAUCAGCAGGGCGUGAACGGGUAUGCGGCAACGCAAGCUUCAGCUCGACCCGGAAUCCAGACUACAAGCCAUCAAGCAAUACACUCUGCGGCCCAGCCCACUGCCAGGCCUCAG